AUGAGAGGAGCAUUCACAUUAAGUGCCUUUAUUGCGGCUGCUACUGCUGCUACAGAUGCUAUAACCAUAAGGUCAACUACUAUUUCUUCAUCAUGUUCAUCAACUUCAUCAGAUUUGCCAGUUUUACCUUCCUCAGCACUUUCUGGUGGUUAUUACGGAAACAGUUCAAUUCCUCAAUCAAUUGUACCUGCCACAACCAGUAAAACCAAGAAAGUUUCUUACCAAUACGAAACUGCAUAUGCUACUGAUGCUGUUGAUAUUACUCGUACAGUUUGUGAUUCCAAUGGACAAUGCUAUGUCACUACUGAUAUUGGAAAAUUGACUACUUAUACUACCACAAUUAACGGUAUUUUGACAGUUAUAACUACAGGUGUACCUGUCGAGCCUACUGAAGCUAGUGCGACUGAACAAUCAACCGAAACUUCAUCAUUUUACCAAUCUAAUGCAGGUCAAGGAGCUACUGAAACACACUCCAUAGCAGAAGAAACUACAACUACCAAGCCCGCUGCUCAAAGUAUAUCCAAAGAAACAACUUCAUCAGAAGAAUCAAUUGUUGCUGUCACUUCCUCAGGUGAACCUAACCAAGCUACAAACUCGGCUACCUCCCCCACCACCACUGCUGCUCCAGUUGGACCUCAUACUGAAUACUUAACCACCUUGGUCACCGUCACUUCUUGUUCCGAAAACAAGUGUUCUGAAGUACCCAAGACCACUGGUGUAAAGAUUAUUAGCGAGUUGGACACUGUAUAUACUACUUAUUGUCCAUUGACUGAAGCUUCGGAAUCAUCGGUUGCAACUUCCGCACCACAAUCAGAAGAAUCAACCGAGGUACCACAAUCUAAACCACCACAAUCAGAAACCCAACCAAAAGAAUCAACCGAGGUACCACAAGAAUCAACCGAAGCUCCAACAACCUCAGCUGAGGUACCGGCACCCUCAUCAGAAGUCGCCAACCCAGAAACCAGCGCUUCUUCAACCAAAUCCAAAUCACAAGCAACUGUCAAUGUCAUCACCGAUAAUAUUGUUACCGAGACCCCCAGCGUAGAGCAACAACAAGCAACGUCCCAGGAGACUGUUGCUGCUGAAUCUGCCUCAUCUACAAGUGAAUCACCCGGCAUAAAUACUUAUGAAGGUGCCGCUAUGUCGAUGAAAGCUACUGGAUUUGUCACUGUAGCUAUCUCGAUAUUGAUGAUGAUGAUAUAG